AUGCUCGGCGUGGGCUUCCUGGUCAGCCGUAAAGUGAAGCCCGCGGUAAUCGGCUUUAAACCGAUAAGUGAGAGGCUGUGCACUCUGCGCGUGCGAGGCAAAUUCCAGAACAUCAGCCUCAUAAAUGUUCAUGCCCCUACGGAGGAUUCCAGCGAGUCGGAAAAGGAUAACCUCUACGAUUUGGUGGAACAAGCCCUCAACGCCUGCCCAAGAUAUGAUGUCAAAAUCGUUCUUGGGGACAUGAAUGCAAAGAUAGGGAGGGAACCAGUCCACAGGCGGUAUACUGGUGACCAUAGCUUGCAUGAGAACUCCAAUGACAAUGGACAACGCAUCAUCAAUCUCGCCGCUGCACACAACCUGGUGGUUGGGAGUACCCGGUUCGCGCGGAAAAACAUCUACAAAGCCACUUGGGCUUCACCGGAUGGAAUAACCUUCAACCAGAUUGACCACGUGCUGAUCGACCGCCGACAUCAAACGUCCCUACUGAACGUGAGAACGUUCCGUGGAGCAAACGUCGAUUCUGACCACUUCCUCGUUGGGGCUGUGUUCAGAGCUCGGGUGGCCACCUUCAAAGGGGUGGCAGCAACAAAGUCGGUGAAGAUCAACAUAGAAGCACUGAAAAAUGAGCAGCUUCGUGCAAAAUAUGCAGAGGAAGUUGAUGCCGCCCUUGCAAAUAAUGCAAGUGGACCUGGAGACGGGAUGCCCAUCAACGACAUGUGGGAGCAUGUUAAGAGCGUCGUCAUUGGGAAGGCCUCCACCACCCUUGGCCUCGGUCGGAAAGCAGAUCGGAACGACUGGUUCGACGAUGAAUGCAAGCUAGCCACUGAGCAAAAGAAUGCAGCAUACCGAGCUAUGCUGAGUUCAAGAACACGAUCACGCCUCCUUCCGCAGAAGGACAAAAAUAUUGGAAGUAAUUUGCUUUGGCCAUUUGUACCCAAUUUGGCAGCCGCAGAGCAAACAAAAAAGGCAUUUGCCGAAAAACCAACAAUUUCCACAUAA